CAUUUAGUCAUUUUCUCAGUACUUCAAUUAUCAAUUUCAAAUCCCCCCAAAAAAACACCCCAUCACAAAAUAAUUGCUCAAUCACAAACACUGACCCCAUCACACACGAUGACAAUCGUGCCUAAAACCGCCGCAACGGCCUCGCCGGAGAAUACCAGUCUCAGGCGACGGAAACUCGGCUUCCUCCUCGCCGAUCCCUCCAAUCAAGACAGCGACUACAGCGACGAAUACAGCAGCUCCCGCCACCGCCUCAGCGAUGCCUCCUUCACAACCACCUCCGCCGCCGACAACCACGCCGCCGGCUACUACUCAAACCCCAGCAGCGCCACCUCCUCCCCCUACAACCCCAUGUCCCCGUGGACUCAGCCUUCCCCCUACACGAAAUCCCCAUGGAUUCAUCAGCUCGUCGCCUCCUCAUUGCCCGACGAUGUUUCGGCGGCGCACAAUCACGGCCUCAUCGGAUCGCUCUACCGCGAGGAAGGCCACGUGUACUCCCUGGCGGCCGCAGGCGGCCUCCUCUACACCGGCUCCGACAGCAAGAAUGUGAGAGUAUGGAAGAAUUUGGAGGAAUUCUCUGGAUUCAAAUCCAGUAGCGGAUUCGUGAAAGCCAUAGUUGUUUUCGGGAAUAGAAUUUUCACGGGUCAUCAAGAUGGGAAAAUCCGGGUUUGGAAGCUAUCCGGGGAUAAGAAAAACACGCAUAAACGGGUGGGGAGCUUACCCACGACCCGGGAUUUGCUAAUGAAGUCAAUCAAUCCGAAAAACUACGUGGAGGUGAGACGCCACCGCAACGUGCCGUGGGUGAAGCACUACGACGCCGUUUCGUGCCUAGGCGUGGACACGGACCGCGGCCUGCUAUACUCGGGGUCGUGGGAUAAGACGGUGAAGGUGUGGCGGAUCUCGGAUUCGAAAUGCCUGGAGUCCAUCGCGGCGCACGACGACGCGGUGAACUCGGUGGCCGUGGGGUUCGACGGCCUCGUCUUCACGGGGUCGGCGGACGGCACGGUGAAGGCGUGGCGGCGGGAGCUGAUGGGGAGGACGACGCAGCACGUGCUCGUGGAGACCAUGCUGCGCCAGGACCACGCGCUCACGUCGCUGGCGGUGUCCCACGCGGCGGUCUACGCGGGCGCCUCGGACGGGCUGGUCAGCUUCUGGGAGCGCGGGAAGCACUUCAUGACGUACGGCGGGGUGCUGAGGGGCCACAAGCUGGCCGUGCUGUGCCUGGCCGUCGGGGGCAGCCUCGUGUUCAGCGGGUCGGCGGAUAAGACCAUCUGCGUGUGGCGGAGGGAGGGCGGAGGGAUCCACUCGUGCGUCACGGUUUUCACGGGGCACACUGGCCCCGUCAAAUGCCUCGCGGUGGAGAGGGACUCCUCCGAGGAGAAGCACUGGAUUGCUUAUAGCGGGUGUUUGGAUAGUAGCGUUAAGGUGUGGAGGGUCUCCGAGAGCGCCAGGGCGGAAUUACUCGAGCACGAUGAGGAGGAGGAGUGAAGAGGCGGCGGCGCGUGGUGUGAACGGGGCAUAUGCGAAUCUGGACCGACCAAUGAGGGGAUUGGUGGGGACGGGAUUGUUGAUUUGUCACACAUUCUUAGGUGGGAAGGAAGAGUAAAAACCAACGGGCAUUGAAUUUAUGGUCAUAAAUGCACAAGGCUUGAAGAUUUUCUCACUUUGUUUUAGUUUUGGGCAUGGGAAUAUGAGAUUAUCAUCAAUUUGUAUAUACACCCACACUGGUUUUAACUUGUCAAAUUUCUUUAUUAGUUUAUUAUCUUUAAUUGUUGUUAUGUUUGUUAGUCUAGUCUCAUACUGAUGUUCGUUUUGGUGUAUAGAGGAAAAUGAGAGGAAAAAACUAUGAAUAUAUUCUCCUAUUGUGUUUAUAUGUUACA